AUGCUGACUGAUCCAGCCAGAUUCGAGUAUUCAAUUUCAAUAAGAUAAUUAUAUGUAAAUAUAAAGAGCGACAGCUGUGAGCAUUAAUUUCUUAAAUCGGACUAUUAAUUCAAUCUAGGAAAUAUUUAUCGACUUUGGCAAGUAGACUUUUCGAUAUCAUGUGACCCAUUUCCACGUCUUGUUCGACCCCCCCAAAUCCAAUAUUAUUAGACAUCCAUUGCACGCAUCAUCUCUCUUUGGGAAACUUUUGAUCAUGCAAUAAAUAUAUAUAGUUUCUUGGAAACUUACAAGUAAUUAUGGCUAAGAAGCAAUUGGAAGUGCUAAACGCACUAGACGUUGCGAAAACGCAAUGGUACCAUUUCACGGCGAUCGUGAUCGCCGGAAUGGGAUUCUUCACGGACGCCUACGAUCUCUUCUGCAUCUCUCUUGUAACGAAGCUCCUCGGACGUCUCUACUACACCGUCGAGGGGGCUGAGAAGCCAGGGUCUCUGCCCCCUAACGUUGCCGCCGCCGUCAACGGCGUCGCCUUCUGCGGCACCCUCACCGGCCAGCUGUUCUUCGGGUGGCUCGGUGAUAAAUUAGGCCGGAAAAAAGUUUACGGCAUGACGCUGAUGAUGAUGGUUAUCUGCUCCAUCGCCUCCGGCCUGUCCCUGGGCAGCCGCCCAAAGGCAGUGAUGGCGACGCUUUGCUUCUUCCGGUUCUGGCUAGGGUUCGGCAUCGGUGGCGACUACCCACUCUCCGCCACCAUCAUGUCGGAGUAUGCCAACAAGAAGACCCGUGGCGCUUUCAUCGCCGCCGUAUUUGCCAUGCAGGGGUUUGGGAUUCUCGCCGGCGGGAUGGUGGCGAUCAUCAUGUCGUCGGCCUUCAAGGCCGCGUACCCGGCCCCGGCCUACGAGGUGGACCCGGCGGCCUCUCUCCCGGCGGCGUCGGACUACGUGUGGCGGCUGAUCGUCAUGUUCGGCGCGCUCCCAGCCGCCCUGACCUACUACUGGCGGAUGAAGAUGCCGGAGACCGCCCGCUACACCGCCCUGGUGGCGAAGAACGCGAAGCAGGCGGCGGCGGACAUGUCUAGGGUUUUGCAAGUGGAUCUGGAGGCGGAGCCCGAGAGAGUUGUGGAAGAAAAGGGGAAGCAGUUCGGAUUGUUCUCCAAGGAAUUCCUCCGGCGGCACGGCCUGCAUCUCCUGGGCACGACGAGCACGUGGUUCCUCCUCGACAUUGCCUUCUACAGCCAGAACCUCUUCCAGAAAGACAUCUUCAGCGCCAUCGGCUGGAUUCCGGCGGCCAAGACCAUGAACGCCUUAGAAGAAGUUUUCAGAAUUGCAAGGGCUCAAACUCUGAUCGCUCUCUGCAGCACUGUCCCUGGCUACUGGUUCACUGUCGUCUUCAUCGACAGAAUUGGAAGAUUCGCCAUCCAGAUUAUGGGAUUCACGAUGAUGACCAUCUUCAUGUUUGCAUUAGCCAUUCCCUACGAUCACUGGACUCACAAAGACAACAGGAUCGGCUUCGUCAUCAUGUACUCGUUGACGUUUUUCUUCGCCAACUUCGGCCCCAACGCAACGACGUUUGUGGUGCCGGCGGAGAUAUUUCCGGCGAGGUUCAGGUCGACCUGCCACGGGAUCUCGUCGGCGGCGGGGAAGGCUGGGGCGAUGGUGGGGGCGUUCGGAUUCUUGUACGCGGCUCAGUCCAAGGAUCCAAAGAAGACGGAUGCGGGUUACCCGGCGGGGAUCGGAGUGAGAAACUCGCUGCUGGUGCUGGGGUGUGUGAAUGCUUUGGGCGUUAUGUUCACGUUUUUGGUGCCCGAGUCAAACGGGAAGUCACUGGAGGAAAUGUCGAGGGAAAAUGAGAAUGAGAAUGAAAACGAGAAUGUGGAGAUGGGGGAUGUUCAUGAUGCUAGGACGGUUCCGCUUUGAUCACCUUUGCCUUGUCUAAAUAUAUAGUUUGUUUAUCUGCGACAUGAUGGACAUUAUUAUGAGAUUCCAGAUCUACUCUACUUGCAUUCUUCAUGUCUGUUUUGAAUGCUAAUGUGCUACUAUAAUGUUGUGAGAAAUUAUUUCGAGCUAGUGGCAGUAUCAUAUUUCAAACUUGAUGUUCA